AUGGCAAGAAAUUCUUAUACCUUGUCACUUUUCCUUCUCUUCCUCACUCUUGUCAGAACCUCCCAUGCAGGUGGCAUAGCCAUCUACUGGGGCCAACACAUUGAAGAGGGCACAUUAUAUGAAACAUGUGCCACUAGAAGAUACACCCACAUAAACAUCGCCUUCCUCGAAAGAUUCGGCAAUGGCCGAAUCCCCAAACUGAAUCUCGCAGGUCAUUGCAACCCUUCAACCAAAUCAUGCACCAGAAUAGGUGACCACAUCAGGUAUUGCCAGAGCAGAGGUAUCACAGUGUUGCUUUCUAUCGGUGGUGGAAUCGGAAGAUACUCUUUAGCUUCAAGAGAGGAUGCUAGAGACUUCUCACUAUAUUUAUGGAACACUUUCUUGGGUGGUACGUCAUUUUCAAGACCAUUUGGUGAUGCUGUGUUGGAUGGUAUAGACUUUGAUAUUGAACUUGGCUCUGCACAAUAUUGGCAAUACCUUGCACGGUAUCUCAAGGAUUAUCAUGGUGUGUAUCUAAGUGCUGCUCCUCAAUGUCCAUUUCCCGAUAGAUUCUUAGGUAGGGCCAUUGAAACAGGACUUUUUGACUUUGUUUGGGUUCAGUUCUAUAAUAACCCUGCAUGUGAAUAUUUUAAUGAUAGAAAAACUAACCUUGAGAGAUCAUGGAAACAAUGGACAACUGCUAUUCCAUAUGGAGAGGUAUUUUUGGGGUUGCCCGCGGCUGAGGGGGCAGCAGGAAGUGGUUUUAUCCCGGCCGACGUGUUGACGUCUGAAAUACUACAAGUUAUUCAGUAUACAUCAAAGUAUGGAGGUGUUAUGCUUUGGUCAAGAUACUUUGAUGAUAGGACUGGUUACAGUGCAUCCAUUAUAGAUAGUGUGUGA